CGCCGCUAUCCUCAGCCAUUAAAGUUGGGCGCAGAAGAAACUCACAAGCAAAAAGUCGUUAAAUUAUUCACCAUCGUCUCUCCCUUCUUCUCUGUUCACCCACCGUUCUUCUUCCUUCUCUCUGUUUCUUCUUCUCACCCUUUACUUUCCUUCAUCCACAAGCUCUUAUCCCCUGCUUACAUCUCAAGCUGUCUCUCGAGAAAGUGACACAACAAAAACCCAUCACAGGGGAAAAACAAACAAACUUUUACAAUAGGAAAUCCAUAGAAACACUUGACGCUGAAGGUGAUGUGUCCCCAACUCUGUUCUUACUGAAACGCUACGAAAACAGAGCAUUAUAGCGACGGGUGAGAGACAGGGAAAGCAAAGCAAAGCUCGUCGCAAAAGUUGGGUUCUUUCAUGGAUUCAAAUACUCAUAACCAUCUUUACGACCCGAACCACAUAUCUUCUUCCGGGUCGGGUCUUCUUCGCUUUCGAUCUGCGCCCAGCUCUGUUCUCGCCGCUUUCGUAGACGACAAGAACGGAUUCGACUCCGUUAAGUCUCCUGCUUCCUUGAUGAACACCUCUGUUUCAUACGCCGCCACCACUCUUCCGCCGCCGUCGCAGCCAGAGCCGUCGAGCUUUCUGGGUUUGCCGCCGCAUUACCCAAGACAGAGUAAGGGGUUGAUUAACACGAUUGGUUUGGAUCAGUAUCUUGGUAUGAAUAAUCAUCACACGAGACCAGUUGAAUCAAGUCUUCUCCGGCAAAGCAGCUCGCCGGCCGGGAUGUUCACAAACCUCUCUAAUCAAAACGGCUAUGGUUCGAUGAGGAGUUACGUUGGUGAAGUAGAAGAAGACGAAGAGAGUUCUUCUCAUCCCAAGGGAUUAAAACGCCAUAACAGUCUCUCUUCAAGGGCACCUUCUCCUUUGGGAAUGCUCUCUCAGAUACCUGAAAUCGACUUGGAGAGUGUUCAGUAUAGUCAUUGGAAUGAUCCCUCCAGCUUCAUUGAUAACUUAUCCUCUCUGAAAAGAGAAACAGAGGACGACGGCAAUUUGUUUCACGGAGCUCAGAACGGAGAAAUGCAGUUAAUGUCGCAUCACUUGAGUCUACCGAAGUCAUCAUCAUCUACAGCCUCAGACAUGGUUUCAGUGGAUAAGUAUAUGCAGUUACAAGACUCUGUUCCUUGUAAAGUUAGAGCCAAACGUGGUUGCGCCACACAUCCUCGAAGCAUCGCUGAACGGGUAAGAAGAACGAAGAUAAGCGAACGAAUGAGGAAACUACAGGACCUUGUUCCUAACAUGGACAAGCAAACCAACACUUCAGAUAUGUUGGAUUUAGCUGUGGAUUACAUCAAAAAUUUACAAAGACAGUAUAAGAUUUUAAACGAGCAAAGAGCAAACUGCAAGUGUAUGAAGAUAUAA